AUGUCGGCCACAGAAUCCCCGUCCUCUCCGGGUCCCGAGAUGAGAGACGCCCAUACCCAUGAACAAAGCGAGACGCCGGCCGCCUCAACCGAGCUCCCAACACCAACACAGGACGAUCAUUCGAAACGAGACAGCAGUCACGCAGGAAAAAUGAGCACACAAGGCAAAGUAGAGCCAUCUGCUGAUCUUGGCCCAUCCGAUCCCGCCGCGAUGGACACUACUAUAACGUCCCCAUCACCAGCUGAACAACCACCACUUGCGGGGCAGAUGGAAAGGCUGUCAAUCUCAGGAAACACAACACCCAAUAAUGCAGUGUCCAGCGCAGACACUCCUUCUCCACCUCCUCUGCCAGAAAAGGACGAUAUCUACCGCAACCUCAACGCAAGCUCGACAACUCCUGACCCAACUCUGCCACCCAUCGAUACAAACCAAACCCCCAGUCCCGAGAAGGAGCUCCCAGAUGUGCCGGGUGACAGUGACCCAGAAACUAAACGAGGGGGUCAGACUGAAGGAUUACGGGACGAUAGCCUGUCGCAACCGGAGAUUCAAAGCAUUAUAGGGCAAUUCCAGGACCCCGCGCGGAGCACCGACCAACAAGAGAUCAUGUCUCCCCGACUAGAGCUUGCUGAGCAAUUUCGAGGUGGUCCAAACUAUUUCCCACCGCGCAAUUCCAGCUUAGACCAUGCGCCCGCCACUGAAUCUGCGGAUUCUCCGGUCGCUACAUCACCAGAGAAGCAGCCAGUACCCCAGCACCCCCACAAACCCGAAUCGCCCGUGACAAACCGGCGAGCAUCCACAUCGACGAUUCCACCGCUUCCUGAACCCGAAUCUGACCAACCAUUCGAUUUCCACCGGUUCCUAGAACAACUGCGUCACCGCACCGCCGAUCCCGUAGCCAAAUUCUUGCGCUCAUUCCUCAUGGAGUUUGGCAAGAAGCAAUGGAUGGUCCACGAGCAGGUUAAGAUCAUCAGUGAUUUCUUGACCUUUAUAACAAAUAAGAUGGCCAUGUGCGAGGUAUGGCGAGAUGUGUCGGACACCGAGUUCGAUAAUGCCAAGGAAGGCAUGGAGAAACUUGUCAUGAAUCGCUUGUAUUCACAGACUUUCUCGCCAGCCAUUCCAGCCCCACCAACGAUACCCAGAAGUGCAAGUCGAAGUCGACGGAGAGAGCUCGAGAGGCUCCAUGGGCCCUGGCGACGUGGCCAGCAUCAGGAGGACAUCGAGCGAGAUGAUAUCCUGGCUCAGAAGAUUCGCAUCUACGGGUGGGUUAACGAAGCGCACCUUGAUAUCCAACCUGUGAGCAAUGGCGGGCGCCGGUUCUUGAAUUUAGCACAGCAAGAGAUCUCCAAAAUUAAUGGUUACCGGGCUCCCCGAGAUAAGGUCAUUUGCAUUCUGAAUUGCUGCAAAGUCAUCUUUGGUCUAUUGAAGAACUCCAAAAAGGGCGAUACGUCCGCCGAUUCUUUCAUCCCCCUCCUGAUCUACGUGGUUUUGCAUGCAAAUCCCGACCAUCUCGUUUCUAACAUCCAGUACAUCCUUCGAUUCCGAAACCAGGAUAAACUUGGCGGAGAAGCAGGGUACUACCUCUCAUCGUUGUCUGGAGCCAUCCAGUUUAUCGAGAGCCUGGACCGCACCAGUCUAACCGUCAGCGACGAGGAAUUCGAACGCAAUGUCGAAGCAGCUGUCUCUGCCAUUGCAGAACAAAACCGGGAAACCGAAAACUUCGAUGAAAAACCCUCAUCACAACCCCCUUCAUCCCAGCCCCAGGCCGGACCAAGCCGCAAAGAAGCCCCUCAGUCCAGCGAUGAUGACACUCCCGCUCCUGUCGCAGGAUUGUUGCGCACGAUCCAAAAACCCCUCUCCACCAUCGGCCGCAUCUUCUCGGAUGAGCCAGACCCAACUUCUCAAGAACGCCCCCAACCCGUCCCGACGCCUCAACCCGGUGUCGCUCCGCCCCGCCUCACCCCGAACGUCUACCAGCCCCCACGUGCGAGCAGUGAAGACAGCCGCCGCUCAGGCGACGACCGUUCUCGCUCCGCCCAGGGUAGCGGAACCUCCGCAAAGAAAAACCUAACCCGUGUACUUGACGCCCAGGAUGCUGCUGCACGACAGGCCAGCGCCGAAGAUGCAGAGGCACGCCGUAUCCAGCGUGCUGAACAUACUAAUGUUGUCGAGACAUUAUCGAACAUGUUUCCCAACCUUGAUCGGGAUGUCAUCGAUGAUGUGGUUAAGAUAAAAGAGGGGAGGGUCGGUCUAGCCGUCGAUGCGUGUCUUGCUCUCAGUGCAGAGUAG